AUGAUUCAACGCAGCAGGUUCGCUCGACUCUCCAUUUAGUUAAAUCACAUAAAUUAAAAUCAAAUUAAUAAAGAUAUAGAUGCUGAUACUUCUAUAAAUGUAGAGACUAAAUAAUUUUUAAAGCAUGUAGUAGAACAAAAUAAUUAAUAACAUGAUGACUCAUAUGACUGUUAUAAUCCUAUACAAAAAACAAGUUGCAAUACAAGUCCUAGUAAGCUAAAAAGAGGGAGCUCAUUGAUACACCUUUAAAACUUAGAAAUUAUGAGAAUCUAAGAAGCAUCCAAUGAAGGCUACCUUAAACUAUCAGGAUUUGAAAGUCAAAAGUAAUUUGAGGAAAGGAAAUCUUAACUUAUUAAGGCAGUCAAAUAAACUGAAAAAAUCGAUAUGAAAGAACCAUUUAUUUAAAAUUUGGCAUGUGGUAUCGCUGUUAAAGCUAUUAAAACAUAUAAUGAAGCGUAGUUCAUGCUGAGGAUAUUUACUGAAAACACUAUAUUUUCACAAUACAGCCAGGUCAUUAAAAAAAAUGUCAACCUUGUCAACUUGAUGAGAUACAAGUUUUAUCCUAAAAACUCUAUUAUAUAUGAAACUGGUGAUUUUGGCUAAUAUUAUUAUUUUUUGUUAAGCGGGAAGCUUCUAUAAUUAUUACCUAUCAGCGAUGAGAUUGUAUCUAGUCCUGUUAAAAUAUCCGCAUAAAAAACACCAAUAAAAAUGGAGCUCAAUUUAUUGAAUAUGAUAAAGUAGAAUGACAGUCUAUUAGGAAAAAGCCCUAAAAUGACCAAAAAUCUUAGUCUCAAAGAGAAAAGAAAUUCUUUUUCUUUAAUAAAUAAUUCAAUGUCAAUAUUGAUGGAAAAAGAAUUUGAAAAACUUGUUCCACAUCAUAAAUUUAAUUAAUAUAUUUUACCAGGAUAAGGCUUUGGCGAUUCUGAGCUCUUCUCUAAAUUAAGAAGAGGAUGCACAAUCUUUUGUGAAGAGGAUUCUCAUCUUAUUAUAAUUUAAAAGGAAGACUUUUAGCAGUUUAUGGGAAAUGAGAAGAGUGAUUUAGUAAGCUAAAAAAUAAAUUUCCUAAACUAAUUUGAUUUUCUUGAAAGUAUACCUAAUUCUAAGCUUAAUCAAAUUUUAGAAACGUCUAUCACUUUAAAUUUAAACUCAAAAAAUAUCAUUUACUAAGAGGGUUAAGAUUGUGAAUCAAUAUACUUCAUACGUAAAGGAGAAGUAACUUUAACCUAGAUUUUAGAGACUUCAUAAUCACAAGAGGAAUAGAGAGACUAAAUCGCUUAUGAUUAUGAUGGAGAGUCAGAUCUUUAUACAGCCAUGAAUAAGAGAAAAAAGAAAUAAGAAAGGGUACCUAUACUUAUAAUAAGUGAAAAUAGCUAUUUUGGAGAAUAUGAGAUACUUAAGAAAAUUCCUUAGAGGACUACAUAAGCAAUUUGUUCUUCUUAAGAAUCUGAAAUUAUAGAAAUUAAGAUAUCAAAUCUUCUUCCGUUAGUAAAGGUAUUUGGUAAAUACGCAAACUUAAAGCAGCAUGAAAAAGUGAGAGAUAAAUUUAUGGAAGAAAGACUCCAACUAAUACAGUCUCAAAAAAGAGAAUAAAAUAUCUCAAGACAAGCUUAAUAAUUAGCUAUUUAAGAUAAUAAUGCUCUAAAUAAUUUUUAAAUGAAAAGAAAAUCAUCUCUCUAGCUUUCUUAAUCAAAAACUCUUUCUAACUAAAAUUCAUAAUAUCAAUCACCAUCUUCAAAUAUUAGCAAUAGUGAUUUGUUUCCUUUAAGAAGUAAAACUAAAACUCUAAAUUAAAUAGAUAGAGGAAAGCAGAAUUUUUCCUUUUCAAAAUUAAUUUAAACUCCAAGUUAGUCAUAAAUUAAAAUUGAAGAAUAUUCUAAAAGUAAUAACACAAGUCCUUCAUCCUUGAAUAUAACUAAAUCAGAAAGAGUGAUAGGAGCAUGUUCAAUUUUUAGCCCAAAUUAAAAAAUAAGAAGAUAAUUAUAUGACAAACAAAAGACCCUAAAUCAUUAACAAUCCAGCUUUUAUGAUUUUUCGAUUAAGGACUCAAAAAAUUAAAUUAUUGAAGAAAUACAGUAAAAAUAGUUAAAUUAAAAUAAAUAAAACUCUUUGUAGUUAAUUUUAGAUUAGCAAUAAAAUCAUGCUGAUUAGAAAGAAUAAAAGAGGAGCUAAGAUUUUUACUAAAUACAAUAAUUAGGCUAGAUAAAUACUCCAAAGCAAAUAAAAAAAUAAAAUUUAUAAUUUCAUAAAAAAUGUAAAUCUAGUACUUACAUUCCUAUAUAAUAAACCAAAGAAAGCUUAGAAACCAACCUAUAGAGCUUAAAAAACGAAUUUAAAUUAAAUUUGUUCGAAAAUUACUUAGAAAAAGCUGAAAAGUAGGUACAACAAAAGUAAGAAGUCAUGUAAAGACUUACAUAAAAUGUUAAUAAAUUAGCAGGAAAUUCAAACAAAGGAUUAUUUGAUGAAGAAUUUUAAAAAGGUUUUAACAAAAUGUAUUUAAGAAAAUUUGGAAAAAAGUAUGAAAAGAAUUGA